AUUUUUGACGGCGCGUUGGUAGCGCGCGCCCGCGGUAGCUCGCUUGCCAGCUGCCGGUCUGCGUUAGCCACUAUGUUUUGGCACGCUUUUGUCUAUAAUUCGCAUUCAUAUUUUAGCGUUCAAUAAGCGCGCGUCGUUUUCGAAAAGGCAAUACUCAUUGGAGAAAGAACAAAAUUUAUGUUUAAUUCUUCAACGUCGCCCGCCGCGUCGUGCGUAUUUCUUGAUUUCUUGUACAUAAUUCGUGUUCAAUUUAUUACCGUUUAUAUCAAUUUCCGCCUCCUGAGAAUUUGAAUAUCGCACAUAAAAUCGUUUAACACUCGCCAGAUCCAAAAAUUCGUUGUUAACCGUUACAAAUAAAUCAGCUGCUAAAGUAGACGCGCAACGCGCCUGGCGAUCAGUGUAAGCGCUCAAGUGUUUUAGUGAAAGAAAUGCCUCCCAAGGCGCACUCAGCCGCCGUGUCAUGGUGCUCGUCAACGCUUGUGAUUUCCUUUAAAAGCCGCUCGGUGCUGCUGCCAUUCAUCUUCUUGACGCUCUGCGCUACUUCUUUACGCGUUACAAAUGCGGAAUAUAUCUCACAUUAUCAUCAGCACAAUUUCACCUGUGUGGACUGGAAGCGCGCACCAGAGGCAGCAGUCGGUAAUUGCACGCGUUAUGGGCGCUAUGGUGCGCUGCGCUGUUAUGGUGGCGUAAAUAAUUUACCGGCAAUACCCGAACAAAAGGUGCAUCGCCUAGAGGAAAUAAUUUUCUGCGGCUGGCCUGAGCACCACUUCAAUCCCGUAACCGAUCUGCAGGCAUUUCCGAAAAUACGCUCGCUCACCAUUGAGUAUAGCGAGAUGCGCGAGUUCGUCUUUGAUUUUCCCGAAAUGUUCUAUCUACAGAGCAUCAAUAUAUCAUGGACCAAUCUAUCGCAGAUAAAUGCGCGCACCUUCAAGCGUGUGCACACACUGCGUGUAGUCGAUUUGCGUUGGAACAAGUUGGUGCAAUUGGAUGGUCCUCUACUGCUGCCGCGUUCCUUCGAGCAACUCUAUUUGGCUGGCAAUCCAUGGAAUUGUACGCGCAAUUUUAAAUGGCUGCUGAUACCGGAGAAGGGCGCCAUGGUCGUGGAUCGUGAUGAGAUCAUUUGCAUGGAUAAGAAGUAUAGAGAUCGUCAGAUGAUGACUGUGAUGAAUUUUAAAGUGAUGCUGCGCAACGAAUGUCAAGCGCACGAAGAUUUACAGAAUUGUACCUGCACAAUGCAUCACAUCAUUCCGAAGACACACAUACCACUCUACACAAUCAACUGCAGUAAUUUGCAGUUUCGAACAAUGCCCAGUUAUAUACCGGCAAAUACAACAACAGUUUAUCUCAACGAUAAUGAGAUCACCGAUAUACUGCCUUUGCGCAACAAUCCGCACUAUCGCCAUGUGGUGGACAUACAUCUGGACAAUAAUCGCAUCGAGACGAUUGAUGUGUUGGAAGGUGGCUAUUGGUUUGAGCACUUUCGUUUGCUCAGUUUGCGCGGCAAUCGAUUGCAGAAGGUACCCGUCUACGCGCUCGAUAACGCGUUGGACGACAACCUCAACGCGAAUCUCCUGCUGCUCAGCGGCAAUCCAUGGCAAUGCACUUGCAUCUUCACGAUGCGCUUCCGCGAGAUUCUCCUGAAGUAUAAUGAAAUAACACGCGAUGCCACAAACAUCACUUGCAUCUAUAAAAACAGCGAUCCGGUGCGUCGUGCCAAUGUCCUUGCGCUUACACGUGAGGACGUCUGUAAGCCGGAGGAGGAACCGAAGAUAUAUCCGCUCGAUUUGUUGAAUGCUGUGCUCGCUUUUCUUAUAGUGUUAAUCUUAAGCAAGUUGGCUUAUGACUAUUAUUACUACAAAAAUUAUGGACGCGUGCCAUGGAUUGUAAUGAAAUUGCCAUAAUUAUGUAGCGCGAGGGAGCGUACAAUUCCUCGGGCAUUAUUUAUGAAAAAAUCUCUCAUUUGUGAUUAAUUAGGUGGUUAAGUAGAGUGAAUGGAAGAAAUUUAAUCAAAUUUGUUUAAUUAUAUAAAUUGCUAUAUUAUAAUUAUAUAAACAAAUUAUAUGAAACUAUUGCAAUGUAAGCUUUAAAAACCGUAUGUGAUUACUGCAUAGAUUCUAUGUGAUGUACAUACAUAUAUGUAUAGUUACUAUUAAGGCAUAGUGGUCUUAGAAGUUUAAAAAACACUUAAGUAUAAGUAUUA